AAAAAUUACUUUGAUUAUCAUGAACCCUAAAAUCCUAAAUCCCCCAAUGCAGUCCAAUCCCACUCCUGACUCCUCUCCUCUCCGAAACUGAAAAGUGAAAUGGGAACAAAGAACUCUAGCACCUCCAACCCCCCGCAGCCACCGCAGCCACUGGAUCCCCCGCAGUCACCGCAGCUCCUGCAGCCCCACUUCGUUAUCAUGACGGAACUCUCCUCCGCUGGGAAGCUCUGUCGCCAAGAUGUCGGAGCAAGAAAAGUGUGGGUUCUGAGUACAUUGCCAUUGGGGUGCUUUACCAGGAGGUAGAACUGCAGCAGGCCUUUAAGAUUGUGUUCUGAUAUUGUCAAUGGAGAAGCUCAAUUAUUCAAUGGUCAAUUAGCAUCGACUGUUAGUUCUUUGCAAGCCACACUUUCUGGUUCUACCUUUCAAUUCAUUGAUUUCUAUGCUGCACUGCUCAAGAUCAUACAAAAUCCUUUUAGUUCAGGAGCCAAACAAUAUUGAUGAAGAAGAAGAUUAUGUUCCUGCAAUCUCAAUUGUUGGCAGACCAAAUGUUGGCAAAAGUAGCAUUUUGAAUGCACUAGUUGGUGAGGACAGAACAAUAGUAAGCCCUGUCAGUGACACUACACGUGAUGCCAUUGAUACUGAAUUUACCAGACUAGAUGGCCAGAAAUUUCAGCUUAUUGAUACUGCCGGAAUCAGGAAAAGAGCAGCUGUCUUCAUUCUGUGACUUACUCCAUCUUUUCCUUAAAAACAGGAUUAUUGAUGCUGCUAGUGAAGUUGAAAAGGAGAGAUCAAGAAGACUCGGAACUUCUAUACUAAAUCAAGUAGUGCUGAAAGCAGUGGCUUUUAAGCCUCGUCCUAGGACACGAGCUGGUGAAAGAGGGCGUGUUUACUAUUGUACACAGGCUGCUAUACGGCCCCCUACAUUUGUGUUCUUUGUCAAUGAUGCAAAACUUUUUCCUCAGGCUUACUGCCGCUAUAUGGAGAGGCAACUGCGUGCUGAUGCUGGUUUUUCUGGUACACCCAUUCGGCUUUUGUGGCGUAGCAGGAGAGUGGGAAAAGAUGAAGGCAAAGCACAAGAAUCCAAAUGAAUCUUUCAUCAAUUGAUUAAAAUUUGGCAUCAAUUACACUAUAAAGAUCAGACAUUUUAUCAUGGAAAAAGUGGUUCUGGUUCUGUUUGUGUUGGUAAAAAAGAAGGGGUCUUAGAAUCAGCAAUACCAAGAUUACCCAAUACGUGCAAGCUGAAAUCUAUCAAGACUAUUGAAAGCUCCAAAAUGAUGGGAAAUGCGCCUGAAAUGUGGAUGAUAUUAACUUAUUAUUUAGUAUUUACAGUGAUUAGGAUGUUUCUGUAAUCCUUAAGCAUAUUCAAUCGUCAACAAAUACAUUGUAAAUUUAUGUAUAGAAGUUGUUACAUCAAAUAUAUGUUAUUCAAUUACUAAGUAUUCAAUCUUUUUAAUGCUGAACAUGCAAUCAGUGAUGGUUAA